AUGUUUGCCCCUUCAGCUGUUGCUUGUUUGGCCGACUUUCUGAUCAUUCUGCUGGAAUUUCUUGGCAGUGUUUCGGCUUCGCUUUCGUCAUCCGAUACUUUGUUUCCCGAGUCGUGCUGUACCGGCUCUCCGCGUCGCUUCUUCCUUUCUUUUGAGUUUGGCUUCCCACGGUGGAGUUGCUGGCGUCUUGCUGCAAAGCCUUUCUUGUCGACGGCGCUGGAUCUUUCAUAG